AUGAGAGAGAGGAGCAGGAGCAGAGAAAGAAAGGAGCAGGAGCAGGGAAAGGAUCGAAGAGAGGAGCAGGAGAGGAGUAGGAGGAGCAGGGAGAAAAUCAGGGAGAAGAAGAAGGAGAGGAGCAGGGAAAGGAACAGGGAAAGGAAAAGGGAAAGGAGCAGCAACAGGGAGAGGAGCUGGAGCAGAGAGAGAAGGGAAAAGAGCAGGGAAAGGAGCAGGAAAAAAGAGCAGGGGUGA